AUGAUGUUCUGGGUGCUGGUCGUCAUGUUGCUAGCCGAGAGCCUGGCGUCACCCAGCGAGUACUGGGCCCUGGCCACCCCAGCUGUGCGCACCGCUCGAGCACAGCAGGGCCUGGAAGCAGGCAAGGCCUUGGGCGGACGCACGCUCCGCAGCGACAAUGCUACAGAGAGCUCCGUUUGGUGCGGCAGAGAGAAGUACAACGGCGCGGCUGGAAACAUGUGGUAUGCGAACCCCUUCACAACGGCCUGCAGCAAAGCCUCCAUGGACAUGGCCUAUGCUGAUGGAGACAAGGUGCGCUUUGCCAAGAAGGGCGACUUCAUCAAGAUGCAGUGCGACAAUUGGGAAUGCCCCAUUCCCCCUGUUGUGGACUGCUACUUUGACCGAAACGCUUGCAAAGCCGACGAAUGGUGCAUGGUCAUUACGCACGAGAAGUGGGGAGCCUGGGCCAUGGGAAAGAAUGGCCACACUCCCAACUUCGAGCUCUGCGGCCCGACCUACUACUCGGAGAUUGAAAAGAUUACCUCUCAGAGCGACGUGAGCAAUGCCACAGCGGAGGCCUUGAAGUUGACCCGGGACCGGAUCUGUGGAAGCAGGACCGUGGGCGUGGCAAACGGGAUCCAGCUUGAGGGCUACUCGGAGGAGAAGCUCUGGAAACCUUCGCAUGGCCGCUGCGUGAAGUACCGCCAGGAGGGCCAGAGCUGCAUCCCAACCUUGGCCACCCAGGGCCGCUUUGCCAAUGCCUUCGUGCGUAGGCAGCAAACAGAGAGCACAAAGUACCCUAAUGGGGGCACCAUGGAGCGCCCCUUGGCGUGUGCUCCUGGCCUUGUUUGCACUGGUGCCAACUUCGAUGUGUUGCCCUCUACAUGUGUGAAGGAACGUCCGAAAGACCUGUGCUAUGCCGGCCCAUGGUGGGACAGCUCUCGCUGCCCUCGCACCUCCUUGCGCCAGCCUGGCAUGGACAGGCAGUGGGCGCUGGAGUCCUUGCAGACAGCAUUCCUCCUGUUCCCCGGUGAGGUAGCGUCCGCCAUGCAUUGUAAGUACUGGACAGGUCCCCUGGCCCCCUUCACGGCCGAGGUUAGGAAGGUAACCUACAACAUCUUCCAGGCUCUUUGGCCCACGCACCUUGUCGGGGAAAUCCCUACGUUGCCGGAGCUCUACGCCAGCAUGUGGCGCCAAACUGGAGUGGACUUGGCCAGCCUGAGCGCAGAGGAGUGUAAGCUUGGGGAGGACCGGGAGGGCAACAUUGCCGACGCACUGGCUCUGGCGGGGUCAUGGACCAAUCGGCCAAACCUCCUCUGGAGCCUGAUUCACUUCGUCAUGCACAAUCAGCCGUCACCAAUGUCUGGGAACGCAGUGGCAGCCUCCACCGCCUUGGCAAGCCACCUCUCUGAGAAUUUCUGGUGCAAUGAUUGUCGUGGCUUCUUCACGGUCGGGGUACUUUCGGUGGUUGGCCUCCCGCCUCAAAGUACGGACGGCGAGGCACACGCCAAGUACUGGAACCUCGGCCACAACAUUGCAUCCGAGCACGUUGCAACCACACGUGGAGGCCACCCAUGGAUCAACACCCUGGAGGCCGCACAGGAUGAAAACGCAGGCAACCCCUUCUACGUCCCAUACGAAACCUCCGUGGACAUGUGGCACGUGCCUGUGUGA